CCGAAUCACCGGAGUAGUGAUUGAUCGCGUACGUUGCCGGCGAGUCGCGCUCCGUUCUCUCCGUACCGCACAGACGACGACGUUCUCAGUUAAUACUAUUUUAGUACCUAUUAAUAAUAUUCGAUUCUCUCGUUUUAUAACACCCAUCGCUGUUAUUGUUGACUGAUAAUUCGAUAUAAUUUAUUUUACUGUCCCGCCACCGAUCGGUCGUCCGUAGAACAUAAAUAAUAAUCUGUGCCCUUCUGCUCGAUUUUUUCGAUUUGAUUAUAUUUUAUUAUCGAUCAUCAAUUUACAUAUCAGUCUUACGUAUCUCUGGUUAAAAUAUGGCCAACCAGUCAAAUCCUGUGAAAAAAGUUCCUAUUCAUUUACAGAGCUCGCAAAACCGUAUUUUGAUAAAAAAUGGCAGGAUUGUUAAUGCAGACAAAAUGGUUGACAGUGAUGUUUAUAUUGAAGAUGGCAUUAUUAAAAUGGUUGGUUGCAAUCUCAUUAUACCCGGAGGUACAAGAGUUAUUGAUGCAACAUCAAUGUUGGUUAUGCCAGGUGGUAUAGAUCCUCAUACACAUUUGGAAUUAGAAUUCAUGGGAGCAGUGUCAGUAGAUGAUUUUUAUCAAGGAACUAAAGCUGCAAUAGCUGGUGGAACAACAAUGAUAAUUGAUUUUGUGUUACCGAGUAAGGGUGAGUCUUUAUUAGAUGCUUAUCAUAAGUGGAGAACACGAGCCACAAAUAAAGUUUGCUGUGACUAUGCUCUACAUAUAGGUAUUACUUCAUGGUCAGAUCAGGUAAAAAGAGAAAUGGAAGAACUUUGUAAAUUGCAUGGAAUUAAUUCCUUUAAGAUGUUUAUGGCAUAUAAAGGAGUUUUUAUGGUUACUGAUUCUGAAUUAUAUAACAGUUUUGAAGCAUGCAAAGAGCUUGGUGCAAUUCCAAUGGUACAUGCUGAAAAUGGAGAUAUAGUAUUUGAAAAUACAAAACGGUUGUUAAAAUCUGGUAUUAAUGGACCUGAUGGACACGCAUUGUCUCGACCUGAAGAAGUUGAAGCAGAAGCUGUUAAUAGAGCUUGUACAUUAUCAAAUCAGGUUGGAUCACCAUUGUAUGUUGUUCAUGUAAUGAGUAAGGCAGCUGCUGAAGUUUUAGCGAAGCAUCGUACUGAACAAAUCAAACAAAAUGGGAAUACUAAAAUUUUUGGUGAGACAUUAGCAGCUGCAGUUGGAACACAUUGGGAUGAAAAUAAAUUAACAUGUUGGCAUGAUGCUGCAGCACAUGUCUUAAGUCCACCAUUAAGAUCUGAUCCUAAUACUCCAAAUUUUUUACUAAACAUGUUAGCCAGUGAUAAGUUACAAACUACUGGAAGUGAUAAUGCAACAUUUAACAAAGAUCAAAAAUCUUUGGGUAAAGAUGAUUUUACAAAAAUACCUAAUGGCGUUAAUGGAGUUGAAGAUCGUAUGUCUGUUAUUUGGGAAAAGGGUGUGGUUUCAGAACUUUUUGACCCAUGUCGUUUUGUUGCAAUUACAAGUACAAAUGCAGCCAAAAUUUUCAAUAUCUAUCCUAGAAAAGGUUGUAUAGAUGUUGGGUCAGAUGCUGACAUAGUCGUGUGGAAUCCAAAAGGAAAGCGCAUUAUCUCUGCAAAAACUCACCAUCAAGCUGUUGAUUAUAAUAUUUUUGAAGGAAUGGAAUGUCAUGGUAUUCCUGAGUAUGUAUUAGUUGGUGGCCGUGUUUGUGUUGAUGAAGGACAAUUAAAAGUUGUUCAAGGUCAUGGAAAAUUUAUCCCGACACCUACACAUUCAGAAUUUGUGUACAACAAUGAAAAAGUAUCUGAAAUAGAAGUUACUGACGAAAUCAAAGAAAUCAAGGAACUGAAAUUGCAAAUUUCUCCACCAUCAAGUGUCACAAGUGAUGUAUCUAUAUGUUCUAAAUCUCCUAUGAUUCAUACAGGAAAAGGAAUGCGUAUGGAAGGUCAGCGAGAUCUUCAAAGCUCCUCGUUUUCAAUCAGUUCUGAGUUUAAUGAUACUGUUAAGAAGUCUAGUAUUCGUGUAAGAAAUCCUCCUGGUGGACAAUCUUUGGGUUUUUGGUAAUAUACUUAUAAGUUAAAAUAUUAAAUUAUAUUCUACUACUAGUCCAACAUUUAGAAAAUUUUAUUAAACAUU